UUAUGUUCUUUUCGGUAACGUUAUGAGGCAUAUAGUAUGGAUGGGAACCUCUAUUGGGUGUGUUACGGUACUGUUGGAAGGAGAAUAAAAGUUCUGGUUAGGAGUCAUGGCUGUCCAUUUAAGGAAGGUUAAUGUUGUACCUGUUAAACGACAGAACAUGGUGUCAGAAUUAUAGUUUAGUUUUCAGUGUCGUUCGUGGCGUCACCGUGAAGGAUUGACAAGAAGAGUUAGCACGGCGCUAUCACGACUCAGUUUCAAGUCUCUCCGCCGAAGAAAUUCACGUUCAAGUGAAAGCCUUGAUUUAUACGAUGGGGAGGAAGUUACAUCUUGACCCUGAAUUGACACUACAGAGUGAACUAGUAAAAAAACACCAGGAUUAGCUCAAAUCGACCUUCAAAUGGGAAAUGGCAAACGAACUGCUGGAUAGUGUGCAAACUAAACAGUACAGUAAUGUGAAAACAAAACAAGUAAAGCCACUCUUUGGACAGCUGUCAAGAAACCCCCCACAAAUAAAGCCUAAAAAAGAGGAUGCGGUGACACAAAGGGGUAUAAUUUGCAGCAAUGCCCUGCAAGAGAUGCAAUAUGUCACCUCUGUCAUAAGAAGGGACAGAGCAUGUAAGUGCUAGAGCAUGUAAAUCAAAGAAGGUGCAUGAGGUGAACAUAGCAACACUAACAUAAGACACAAUGGAGGACAUUGCGUUUCUUGGUUCACUGUCAUCUAAUGUACCAGGAAGUCCCUGGAUGAAUGAGAUAACAAUCGGCAAUCUCAAGAUGUUGUUCAAAAUUGAUACGGGGGCUGAUGUAACGGCAGUCCCGGUUACACUGUACAACCAGGGCCAGUUCCAAAAACUGAUACCUCCCAGGAGAGUCAUCCAGGGACCAGGUGGAACAUCACUGUAAAAGGGAAAUUCACAGCCACCCUUGGCAAGCACAACGAACAUACGAAACAGGAAAUCUAUGUGGUGGAUGGGUUGUGCAUGCUUUUGUUGGGCAGACCAGCAGUAUCUGCACUUCAACUGGUACGCUUUAUGUUGUCAGCUUAACCUCCAAAGAAAGGGUGGAAAAAGAGUUCCACAACUCUUCAGUGGCUUAGGCAAAAUGGACGGUGAGUACAGCAUUGUGCUGAAACCAGGUGCAGAACCUUUUUCUAUAUCGACUCCAAGACGCAUUUCUCUCCCCUUCUUACCAAAGGUGGAAGGAAGGAAGAAUUGAGGCGUAUGGAACAACAGGGUGUAAUUUCAAAGGUGAAGGAGCCAACUGAAUGGUGUGCUCCCAUAGUUGUGGUGCCAAAGAGUACAGGUCAAGUGAGAAUUUGACAGAUUUCACAGAAUUGAACAAAUCAUUUAUGAGAGAAAAACACCCUCUCCCUUCAGUAGAAAGCACAUUAGGACAACUUGCAGGAGCCGAAGUGUUUUCCAAACUUGAUGCCAAUGCAGGGUUUUGGCAGAUUCCACUUUCAAAGGAAUCCUCUUCGCUCACCACAUUUAUAACUCCAUUUGGCCACUAUUGCUAUAACCAUCUAUGCUUUGGAAUCUCCUCUGCACCUGAGCAUUUCCAAAAAUGCAUGUUCAGGAUUUUUGAGGGACUGGAAGGUGUUGUUUGCCAAAUGGAUAACGUGCUCGUCUGGGGGCCGUCACAGAGUGAACAUGAUGAGAGGCUGAGAGGGGGUGCUUGCAAUCCUUCAGGAAGCUGGAGUCACAUUCAAUGAGAAAUGUGAGUUUUCCAAUACAAAAAUCAAGUUCCUUGGAUAGAUCGUUGAGGCAUCAUUGGUGAGCCCAGACCCAGAUAAGCUGGAACCAGUUAAAGCAAUUAAACAGACAUGUAAUAUCAGUGAAGUAAGGCAGUGCUUGGGAAUGGUCAACCACCUUGGAAAUUCUUACCACAUUUGGCAGUGAAAACGCAGCCACUCAGAGACUUACUGAGAAAGUCCAAUAUGUGGGUUUGGGGGUCGCAUCAGCAAGAGGUCUACGAGAAAAUCAAAGAGGAACUGUCAACACCGCCGGACUUUGCACAGACUCUGCCUGGAGGCGGGACUAGCUGAUCAAGCAGAUCACGUGGCCGGUGACUAUCAGGAAGGAGCACAACAGGAACAAAGGCACUGUUAGCGAAAAUGUUAAGAAUCCAGGGGUUCACUAACACGGUUUUAUUGUUUUAUUCAAAAUGUGUAAUUUGUAGUAAUAAUUAAAGGUAGUGACAUCAUCAUAUUUGACUGGAGCUGCUCCCGAUCUUAUGUGGCCUGAAUGCCGGAUCUCCACAGUAACACUUCGGAACACUGAGCCAGUUUAUACCAAACGUGACCAAGCAGCACGGCCAUGGCUUCAGGUAUCAACUAUCAGGACGGGCCAGCGCUUCCUCAAAUAAAUCAGAGUCCAGUAGAUGAUGACGAUGAACCCAUCCACCCGAAUAGUCCUUCCCGCAGGCAGAGCGAGUACGAGCGGAUCGGGGGCAGAGCUGGAACCUCUUUCAUACCUACAUUAAUCCAUUUACUGAAAGGAAACAUCGGUACAGGACUGCUCGGCCUGCCUCUAGCAGUGAAGAACGCUGGACUUCUGAUGGGCCCCCUGAGUCUGCUGGUGAUGGGCAUUGUGGCUGUACAUUGCAUGCAGGUCCUUGUGAAAUGUUCGCACCAUCUAAGCGCAAAGUUAGGGAAGCCAUUUCUGUCCUAUGGAGAUGCAGUGGAAUAUGGGAUGGAAAACGUAUCUUGUUUAAGAAGGCAUUCCAUAUGGGGACGGCGUGUGGUGAAUGUGUUCCUGAUCAUUACUCAGCUGGGCUUCUGCUGUGUGUACUUUGUAUUUCUGAGUGACAAUGUCAAACAGGUAAUCGAGGCGGCCAAUGGGACAACGAUGAACUGCAAUACCAAUGAGACUGCAGUGACUGUUCCCAGCUUUGAUUCCCGCAUCUACAUGGUUAUCUUCCUCCCCUUCAUUAUCGCCCUGGUGUUUACCCGCAGCCUUAAGUUUCUAGCUCCUUUCUCCUUCAUAGCCAAUGUGGUCAUGUGUGCCAGCUUGGUGUUUAUCUACGUCUACUGCGUGAUGCAUAUUCCACACCCUGUUAACCUUCCAUUGUUCGGAAAAGUUGGUGACUACCCUUUAUUCUUUGGAACUGCUAUAUUUGCUUUUGAAGGAAUCGGUGUGGUCCUGCCACUAGAAAACAAAAUGCAGAAACCACAGCACUUCAGCAAAGUACUGUAUUUGGGAAUGGGGAUCGUCACCAUGCUGUACAUCUCCCUCGGCACCAUCGGGUACAUCUGCUUCGGCAGCCGGAUAGGGGGCAGCAUCACGCUUAACUUACCCGACUGCUGGAUGUAUCAGAUCGUGAAACUGCUGUACUCCUUUGGGAUCUACAUUACAUAUGCACUGCAAUUCUACGUGCCAGCCGAAAUCCUGAUUCCCCCAGCGGUGGCACGGGUCAGGCCUAGGUUGGCGCUGCUCGUGGACCUCAGCAUCCGCAUGGGCCUCGUUCUACUUACAUGUGCGUUGGCUAUUCUGAUUCCAGAGCUGGACCUGGUCAUCUCUUUAGUAGGUUCUAUCAGCAGUAGUGCUCUAGCACUCAUAUUUCCUCCUCUGCUGGAGAUCAUCACCUUCCACACAGAAGGAAUUUCACCCUUUGUGCUAAGUAAAAACAUAGUCAUCAGCUUAAUUGGCCUGGUGGGCUUUUUAACCGGGACCUAUAUCUCUAUUGUGGAGAUCAUCCAUCGCAGUCAUACUAAACAGAGUGGAGUCUUUCAGGUCUACUGGUGACAGUCCUAUUAAACAAACUGGUUGGGCAAAUGCUGAUCUGCAUGUGCCAUUAAGAUGGUCCUCAAAUACUAUUACACUGGGUAAAGCUAUUCAUGUUGCAUUCAUCCAUAAACAACUUUUUUCAAAUAUUUGAAAAUGCAGAAAUAAAACUGGGAUAUGGGUUUUA